AUGUGCUCCCGCCAGGACAGAGACAAGUGCCAUGAGCAAGAGCGCUACAGCAGCGGUGGUGGCUGUCACAGCUCCGGUGGUGGAUGCCACAGCUCCGGUGGUGGUGGCUGCCACAGCUCCGGUGGCAGCGGUGGCUGUCACAGCUCUGGUGGUGGUGGCUGCCAUAGCUCUGGUGGCAGCAGCGGCUGCCAUAGCUCCAGUGGUGGUGGCUGCCAUAGCUCCGGUGGUGGCUGUCACAGCUCCGGUGGCAGCGGUGGAUGCCAUAGCUCUGGUGGCUCCAGCUGCCAUGGGAAGCCACAUGUCCAAUACCAGCAGCAGCAGCAGCAGCAGAUCCACCAGCUGCCCUCGCACAAGAUGAAGUGA